UCUUCCUGCGCGGAGUGAUCGGCAGCGUGCGCAGGCCAGGGUGAAUGAGAUUGAAGAAGAGUUCUUGUUUUGUAUCUCAGUUUCUCUCUUUUUUUCCAAGACAAUUUACAAGAAAAUAAAUUAAACAAAAAGAAGAGAAAGGAGAGUCCCCUUCCUCCCUGGAAGGGAUGCGAGGCGGCCUGCCGAGUGCAGCGAAUCCGUGCGAGCGAGGCCGGGGCAGCUGGAGAGCGGAGUGUUUGUAAAUAUUUCUUUCAGUAAGAAUUUGAGCGAGAGGAGCGGAACGGAGCGGAGAGGAGAGGAGCAGGCUGUCAGCUCCCCAGGACUGUGGUUCUGAGAGAAGCCAUCAAUGAUGGAGUUACAGACUCUGCAGGAGGCGCUAAAAGUGGAAAUACAAGUUCAUCAGAAACUGGUUGCACAGAUGAAGCAGGACCCUCAGAAUGCAGAUUUGAAAAAGCAGCUGCAUGAACUUCAAGCAAAGAUUACAGCACUAAGUGAAAAACAGAAAAAAGUUGUGGAGCAGCUUCGAAAGGACUUAAUGAAGCAAGAGCAGCCAGAAAUAAAGUUACAGUCACAACUAAUUUCUGAGAGUAAAGUGAAAGUGCAAAGCCUGCCAACAUCUGAGGAAAACCCCUCUGCUCCAUCCUCAAUACAACUCACACAGUCACUGCCAUCACAGCAGAAGACUCUGACAGUGUCUCCAGUUGUUGCUGCAAAAACUCUACCUCUGGUGCUAAAACCUGCUACCCCUUCAAUACCAGUCUCUGUGGUAGCACAGAGACCAACUGUAGCCAUGGUCACAGGUGUUGGCAACACACAAAAGUCUCCCCUCAAUCUGGAUUCACAAACGACGCCAAUGAACCUUCAGACAUCCAGCAAACUGGCUAGUCCGGGGGCAGAGGCUGUCCGAAUAGUGGCAAAAAGUGCUAUGGCUCUGGUUCAGGCAUCAGCAACUCCUCAGCCAAUAAAAGUUCCUCAGUUCACUCCACCUCGUUUGACGCCACGGCCCAACUUCCUUCCACAGGUGCGGCCAAAGCCUGUAACGCCCAACAAUGUACCUAUUGCUCCUGCCCCUCCACCUAUGUUAGCUGCUCCCCAGCUUCUCCAGAGGCCAGUGAUGCUCACCACAAAACUCACCACCACGUCCCUACCUUCAGCUACGGGCCCCAUUCACCAAGUGCGUAUUAUGAAUGGACAGCCUUGUGGUACCGCCCAGCUGACAGGCAUCGUCAUCACCUCCCCUGGAACACGACUUGCAGGACCACAGACAUUGCAGGUCAGCAAGACCACAACGGAAGCAAAGAAUGUUAAAGCUCAGGAGGGAACAGAAGAUAAGGCUCCACAGAGUGUCUCUUCAUCUCCACCUCCAAAGCCAAAACGAGAAGAGAACCCACAGAAACUUGCGUUUAUGGUGUCUUUAGGCCUGGUGACGCAUGACCAUUUAGAAGAAAUUCAAAGUCGGAGACAAGAGCGGAAGAGGAGAACAACGGCCAAUCCAGUGUACAGUGGGGCAGUGUUUGAGCCAGAGCGAAAGAAGAGUGCUGUCACUUACCUGAACACCCCAGUGCAUCCUGGGACAAGGAAGAGAGCCAAUGAAGAUUCCUUGACUAAGCAAGGAGACAUCCAUGAGGAUUUCUGCAGCGUUUGUAGGAGAAGUGGUCAGCUGCUAAUGUGUGACACUUGUUCACGCGUGUACCAUCUAGACUGUCUGGAACCACCACUAAAGACCAUCCCAAAGGGCAUGUGGAUCUGUCCUAAGUGUCAGGAUCAGAUUCUGAAAAAAGAAGAAGCAAUUCCAUGGCCUGGGACACUUGCUAUCGUGCACUCUUACAUUGCCUAUAAAGCAGCUAAAGAAGAAGAGAAACAGAAGCUAAUAAAGUGGAGUACAGACCUGAAGCAGGAGAGGGAGCAACUGGAGCAGAGAGUCAAACAGCUGAGCAGCUCAAUAACGAAAUGUAUGGAGACAAAGAACACAAUCCUGGCAAGACAAAAGGAGAUGCAGACCUCUUUAGAGAAGGUCAAACGAUUGAUUCGCCUUAUACAGGGCAUUGACCUCAGUAAGUCUGACGAGCUUGACUUGGAAGGGAUUGCAAAUGGCACAGAUUGUGUCAACAACAACAACAACAAAACCUCAGAGCCUUGUCAGCCUACAACAGUGAACUGCAAUAGUUCUGGUGACAUCAAAUAACAGAUUGCAGGACCACUGGACCGGAGGAUGAUCACCCACAUGCACCUGGCGGUGCCCAAGUUGCCAAUCAAUAUAUAUACAUAUAUAUAUAUAUAUAUAUUUUUGUUGUUGUUGUGUACUGUGUUAAUGGUAGAAUCACAUCCAGAGUGCCAGCUUUGGGGUGUGGGGGGGAGGGCACAAGAGCUUUUGUACUAGCGUCAUGCCAAUUAAAACACAUCACGCCAGUGUGUGCCUCCAGAGGUUGUCAGGACUGCAAGGGAGAUCACCCUGAUUCGGGGACUCGCUCAUCAUGUCCAAAUCCAAAGACUGUUACUUGCCAUGGAAACCAGGAGAACAGUGCAGAGAGGAUGGCACUUUGAGAACACAGUAUUUCACAAAAGUACAACUAGACUGGAAUGCCACUGCUAACAGUGGAGGUACAGGGGAGAACAUCCCGACUCAACGUGUCAAGAUCCUGCAAGGCCGGGGCAGUUCAAUGUCCCUGGCAGGACAUCACCGAGGUUUCUCAUCGGCCCUUUGCCAGGAAGGCAGUGCAGCUUGCAUCAUUAGGGGCCUACACAGUGACUAAUUUUAAAUAAGAGGCAGUCCUCAGUUGUGAAUGAGCAUUUCAGGCACCAACUGCAAAAUGUGUGUCUUGAAAAGAUUUAUUUCUGAGGAGUAUUUAUUUUAAAUAGGAAAAAUAUUCAGGUCUUCCUUGUGUUAAAAAAAAAAAUGUUUAAGGAAAAUGGAACAAAGUGCUUUUCUGUUUCCUGAGUUUCUAUCAAAACCUAUCAGAGCUGGAGAGGUUGGACAAAAUGGACUUAAGGCUGUCUGAUUGUGAACUGCCAAAUGCUGCUCUGUACCAAUACAGCAGGGACACGUUCUUUUACAUAAAAACAGAGAAAAAAAGAAAAAAAAACACUGCAAAUUCAAAUCCUUCAUGGAGAGAAGCAGCAAGAGGGGAAGUGGGCAUUAAACACACUUUGGAACUUCUGAAGCGCCAGGCAUGAAGGUGGCAAAUCAAUUCUGGUCACUUUAAGAGGUGGGGGGGGUAGCUUUACUGACAAACCUGGGUGGUGUCCCUACUCGCUCUUAGCAGUGCCUUACAAGAUUUAGCUGGUCACUGUUAACAGUAAGGCCGGUAUUUACAAUUCCAGAUCAAUUUGUUGCCUGCCCAGUUUUGUUCAGUUGGUUAAGGGGGGGGAGGGUGGUAGGGUUGGCAGGCAGCUUCUGAAGCACUACCACAUAACAUAUCUUGCAUACUUUAUCACGUUGGCUGAGGUACCAGGGAAUGGGGGUUUAAUUUUGCCAUCUUGUGUAAUCAAUGAAAUGCACCUGUACACCGGUCUGGUUACAGCUUCCAGUGAAAUAUGAAUGGGAUGGCCACUACCCACGGGUCUUGUACAUCUAUGGUCAUUAAGGGCUACUUCAGUAUUUUGGCUAAGGGUGUGCUGUUCUGAUAGGCAUGUGCAUCUCUAGGGGUUGGUAGUGCAGGCUGGCUCAGAGUGUCCAUUCACUCCACGUGGUAGUCCGUGCGUCACAGUUUUUCUCCUUUAUCGGCAGAGGGAUGUGUGUCUUCAAGGGACGCCAUCUUUUUCUGCUGCUAUUACAAGCAGGGCAGUCUGCAGCACUGCAGUUCCCCCACCCCAAUGUCUAGUGGUGUCCAAGCCUUGGCCACUAAACUGAUCAAACUGAAACCCAUGUAAAGGUCAGCAUAGGCAACCUAAGGCAUCUGUGUGGCUUUACAUUUCUUUUGCUUGACUUCAGCACCCUAGCUUUUAUUUUUCAAUUAAGACGAAAGGAAUGGUUGACUGUCAUUUAGGCUGGGCAGGAGUCAUUAGAAUUUGGCACCACAUCCAAUGCCAUGCCAAUUUGAAGGUGUUCAGUGCCACACAGACGCCUAGUUGUCAUCACUCCCUUAUUAGGCUGGCCAGUACACUCUCCUCAUGCCAGUCCAGCCUCUAUGGGCUGUAUGUGGUGCACCCACUUCUGGGCUCCAAGAGGCUGCAGAUCCAUUGGUGCCAGGCUGAAGUUACAUUUUGCUAUCUAUGCAUCUUUAUUUGGAUGAGGGGACACGGGCGAGUUUGGACUUCCAUCCUGCACUGCUCACUCCAUCACAAGACAGCAAGCUAUGCAUCUUUAGUUCUAGAAAACCGUACGUGAGCAAAAGCAUCCAAGUCUUUAGUUAAAACGUCAAGAUGUGGUGCUCAGCACAGGAGCCAAGUAACAAAUUGAAUUGGGGGCUUUUGGGAGUCCUCUACAUUAUUUGGGGGGCACUGCCUAAUAUGAGACUGGAGAGGAGUUGCUAGUAUGGGCUUUUUGGUCUCAUAUAGAGGGUCAGCUUUACAUAUGCAUGGUCCAUUGGUGUUAUGCACAGAAGUUGGAGAGGCUGCAUUACUGAUGUUAGACCCAUUGAAGUCAGAACGGGGGGUCACGUCCAGUUGUAUGCCACUUCCCUUCCCCUCAUGCCUGCAUUUUGUUUCAGGCCCAAAUCCUUCAGUGCCACCUUUAACCCCCAACUUUUUCUAUUUGAACCAGGCCAUGCCCAGCUGAGGGUCUUCGUGCCCCUACACCACAGUGAGGCUACAGAAUUCCUUGUACAAAAGUGUUUCUAUUGAUUUGAAGAGUGUCUAAUUUUCCACUUUCUUUUGUUACAGAUCCUAUUUUUUUGCCCAAUGUUGCUAGUGAGCUGCAGACUUUCUUUACCUCUCCACUGUAUUUGAGCCUCUUGUGAUUUUUAAGUUAUUUGUAUGCAGUGUUUAGCAAUUUCUUUAGAGAACGUAAAGACAAGUGGAAUUUAGGAGCAUUUGAUCAAUUUGUAUUUAUUUAUUUUACCAUUUUGCUAAAUAAAAUAAAAAGAAAAAAAAAGCAAAA